AUGCCGUCAAGCUCAAGCCGCCUUCUACGCUUCAGAAAUACACAGCCUGCCGAGAAACAGAUGCUGCCUAAUGAUAGCACGAUUCGAGAUCUUUUGCCGUUUUUGGAUGGUGAUGAAGUCAUGCGAGUAGGUGGAAGAUUAGAAGCCGCAAGUCAUCUUCCGUUUGAAGCGAUUCAUCCGAUUAUUAUGCCGACACGCCAUCGAGUUACUACGCUCAUUGUCGCCUAUUACCAUCAGCGUAUGAAGCACCAAAAUACUGAAGCAACCAUCGGUGAAAUAAGACAAAAAAUUUGGGUUACUAAGCUGAGAAAGGUUCUACGAGGCGUGAUCGCAAAUUGCCAGAUAUGUAAGUUGGCGCGUGCUAAAUCAGUUACGCCAAUUAUGGCACCGCUUCCAGCCGACCGAUUGACGCCGUUUGUCAGACCGUUUACUUACACUGGUGUUGACUACUUCGGUCAGGUGAAGGUCACAAUUGGCCGGCGCACUGAAAAACGAUGGGUAGCGCUCUUAACAUGUUUAGCAGUGCGCGCCAUACACUUAGAAGUAGCGCACGACUUGUCGACCGACUCAUGCAUUUUGGCGAAUAAGGAAUUUUAUCAACCGUUGCGGUACCCCGGUGAGAAUUCGUUGGCGCUGACCAAAUAG